CAACACCCUUCUAUUGUACGCUUCUUUUUUCCGUUUCCUUCGAUUCAAUUUCACUACUACUUUUUCUUUAUCCGCAAAAACCAAUCAAAUAAACAACACAAUCAUUCAACAACACAAAGAUAUAGAGAUUGAGAACAUUGGAGAUGAUGAUGAUGAUGAUGAUGAUGAUGAGAUGGAACACAAGAUCCAUUUUCUUUGUUGUGGGUCAGAGUUGACUUUCAUAACUUCACAAACACUACAUAGAAAAAAAUAGAAACAAAGAAAAGAGAAUGAAGGUGUGUCUGUCUCUCUCUUCUAUUCUUUGGUCAUCAUAACCAAAAAAAAUAAAAAUGCUUUCUUCCAAACAAAAGAUUUUUCAUUUUGUCUCAACCCACUUCACCACUUUCUCACCACACACAGGUUCCUUUUUCAAUUCAUUUUCCUUCUCAUCACCUCUUACAUGUGAAUUAAUUAAGGCAGUGAAAGCUUGGAUGAGCUUAGUUUGUUGUUCUUUUCCGGUCAGAAGAUUGUGAAUGAAAUUGGAAUUUCACUUUGAGAUCUUUUAUGCUAAAUUUGUUGUCAAAAUCCAGUCUUUGAACUAUCAUUAGUUGCAAAACUGGAGUAAGAAUGUCUAGUGAACCGGCUCCCAAACCUCGAUUUGUAUUAUGUCCGAAAUGCUGGCAGCUUCUUCAAGAGUCUCCAAAUUUUGAGUUGUACAAGUGUGGUGGAUGUGGCACAACUCUUCAAGCUAAGAAACGAAAAAGUACAACUGUGAACUCAGAAUCCAGCUCACAUGAGGCUGAUACUGCUCCUAGAAAUGCACUGGACUGUAGUCCUCAACAGACCGUUUUGAGGGGAAAAGCAACCAGUUCUUCGUCUGCAGAUUGUUCUUCAGAGGGAAAUGAAGGAAAGGAUCAAAUUGAAAAUAGUGAGUGCAAUGUAGAGAAGCCGGUUACUACCCAGGAUAAUGGUUUGAGGGAAAAAGCUACUUUUUCUGCCUCGUCAGAAUGUUCUUUGGAGGUAAAUAUUGAAAGGGCUCAACUUGAAAAUGGUGGAUGCAAUGAAGAGAAACCAAUUACUUCUCAGGAAAAUGGUUUGAGGGAAAAAAGAACUAGUUCUUCCUCAGAAGAAUGUUCGUUGGACAGAAAUGGUGAAACCGCUCAAAUUGGAAAUGGUGAAUGUAAUGAAGAGCGACCAGCUAUUUAUCAGGAUAAUGGUUUGAGGGAAAAAGCAACUAGUUCUUCAGGAGAAUAUUCAUCGGAUGGAAAUGGGGGAAGGGGUCAAAUUGAAAAUGGUGAAUGUGAUGAAGAGCAUCUUGGACCAUUUAAUUCAUCAUCAAAUGAAGAACUGAAAGAUGCAAUGGAUAUCUAUAAACUAUCAGAUAUCAGAAGGCAUACGGUGUCCAACAAAGGCUGUUCGAAUGAGACGUCAGCAGAAUUGGUGGCAGACAAUUCAGUAGAAAAGGUAAAUGAGACUAACUUGAAAGUAAAAGAAGAGCCAAGUAAUGGAAACAUGCCAUUAGAAAGGGCAGAAAAUCAGUUAAUUAAUGCAUUGGAUAGAGAAGAUGCCAGUGAUGAUAAAACAGCUAUUGUAGGGGUAAAGUCUGAUGUAGCCAUCGGCACAAAUGAUUUAGAAGUAGCAGCAGAGUUAAAUAAUGGAAUCUUGUCACAAGAAGGAGCAGGCCAGAAGUUAACUUCUGGAUCAGAUGGAGAUUGUGUCGAUAAUGACAAAUUGGCUCUAGUAGAUGAAAGCUCGGCAACAGACGUUAAUGGAACCGAUAAGGAAGACUCAAAAGAAUUAAAUAAUGGAAAUUUGUUAUCUACUGCCGAAAGGUCAAGUACUGUGGACUUCAUGUCUAAAAAGGGAAGCAUUUCAUAUGUUUCACCUCGUGAACUUAAAGAAGAUACAUGUCAUAAUCAUGCAUCUUUGUCCGAAAAUAUUCCCCGUAGCUUUGAGCGUGUAAGGUCUGCAGAUACAUUUGACAACACAGAUGUAAAUAAUCUCAGUUUGGAGAUUACUGGUGCACUGGAAGAGGUUUCUAAAUCUCCAACCACUAGAAGUUCUCAUGCUUAUGAUGGAAGUGUCUCUUCUAACGAUGGGAUCGACGAACAGUUCCUUGGUCAAAAUUUAUAUUCUUUCGAGGGAGUGUCCAGAAAGGGAAAAGGGGUUGUUAAUAGCAUGCUAUAUGAAGAUGUUGAAACGCAACAUCAAUCGAAUUUUCCUAAUAGAAAUUGUCAAAAUGAGGUGCUGGAGACCACAAGACUUGAUCAUGCACAUCGGAUGAGAACAAAAAAAGACGAGUUUCCGUUCAAAAUGCCUCUCCAUGGAAGUGGUUCCCAAUCUGGCUAUGAAAGUGGUAGUCCAGCAAAUCAAAUAUACGAUGAACUCUACCUCAAUUCAAGCUAUGUUUCACCUGACUCCGUCGAGGACCCUGAUCAAGAGAAGAUGAAAUUGUUGAGAAUGGUUUAUAAAUUGCAGGAUCAGCUCAACCGAACCAACCUUGCAAACAGGGAAAUAAAUGAAAGACCGUCCGCAGUAAAUCAUAUUUCUUCAUUCCAAAGUCAUGAUUUUCACGAAGGAAGAUUUUAUCAUGGUUUGGAUUACUCUCGGGGGGAUGCAAAUGCAAGCUAUAGUCAUGGCAUCAACAUGCACCAAAGGCGGCAUAACCUUUCAAGGAUACCAUCAGGAAAUGCACACCAUGUUGAUCAUCCUUGUUUCGAUUGCUUUCCUCAAGAAUGGCAACGCUCAGGAGAGUUUCCUCCGCAAUUUCCUUACCAGCGUGAAGAUCUGUAUAGGCGCCAUCCGGGUCAUACUCGCUGCUUAUCUCACCAAUCUUAUCCUUCAAGCCCACAAUGGUUAAUGCCCUCAAAACAUGUACACAGCCGUGAAACAAAAUCUUGUGAUCAGAGGCACAUGGCUCCCGAGAUGAACUAUACAAGGGAUAAACCGAGUUUGAGUAAGCGACAUUACCGGCCAGUAGCAGGUGGAGCACCAUUCAUCACUUGUCAUAAAUGCUUAAAGCUGCUGCAACUUCCCGCAGAUUUUCUCCUUUUCAAAAGAGUAUGUCAUAAGCUCAAAUGUGGUGCAUGUCAAGAGGUACUUAAAUUUUCUCUCCAGAACAGUAGUCAUAUAGUCUCUUAUACUCCAAAUGUUGUUGGACCACUAUCAAGUGGACCGGACCUACAAAAUAAGCUGAUAAAUGGCAUCAUUCCUCAUGCUGCGGACCCCGUGUCAUAUUCCGAUGAUUAUGGUCAUUCUGUUAGUAAAAGUUACUCGUCAGAAGGAGAUCAUGUUUCUGUUGCACCAUUUCAUCACUUGCACAGCGGUGCACGUGAUAAUCCAAGUGUCUCUCCCGUUACUGUUGAAGGUAUAACAAACAAGGAGAAAAUUGCUUCAAGAGGACCUAGCACAAGUAGGGCUCCAACUAAUAUGUCAUCAGAAAGAAAGGAAACACAAUCACAGGAAAAAGCUUCAGCACUUCAUCAACUGAUGGGUUAUUCCUCUCCAAGUCAAGUCAUAAGAGGUGCUCCAUCCUCUGCUGAAGGAAAAGAGGCCAUGCUCAAUGGAAAAUAUUAAAUUCCAUCAGAGCUGAAAGUUGAAUUUGUUGAAUCUAACUUAAAGCUGGAAAUGUCAAGAAAGGAAUUCUUUAUUCAAAUUUGAGAUAUAGUAAUGAAAUAUCUAGAUAAUGACCUUUUUUUUUAAAAAAAACUAUAUGGUGAUGGUGUUUUGAACUAGUGACUGUGACUUAUUGCUCUUCAUAGUAUAGUAUUUCAUUAUUCAAUUUUCUUAGUUUUGGCAACAGGUGCAGAAAAUAUAAUAUUUGUGUAAAUAUGAUUCUGGAUUUCUGGUGUAUAUAGAAGUAAUUAUUUGUGUGUUUAAAUUGUGUAUGUUUGUUGAAAAUUUAUUGUACCCUGGUAUAUUUCUUGCUUCAUAAGAGCAAUUUCUGCUAACAAUUUUAUAUAAUAUUUUAUUAA